AUGAGUCAUAGUAAAUUCAUUCCCAAGCUGUCUAUUCAAUCUCCUGUCCACACCAACUUAAAGGUCCAGUCCACAGAGCCAUCAUUUAAGAAAGAAGACUUACAUUUGAUUUCAAAAGACUCUUUGGAAUCUGACUCAGAAAGCCCCACUCAAAAGAUCAAGUCCCGGUCUCAGCUUGAAGAUCAAAUUCAGGACAAUGACAUGGAGCCUGACAGCCUAGAGGAGGAGAACUUGAGUGAGACGGAAGAGGAAGCAAGCAGAAAAGCAGCUCAGAGGACCUGUGAGGAAAACCUCCACACCCAAGAUGCUGGUGCAAUUAAUAGCCAACAACCCACAGAAGACAAAUACUCACACCUCCGAUACGAUCCAAACUGGAAGAGUAAGAAAGAGGAGGGGAAGCUGUUGCCUGUAGAAGCACUGCCGGAGUCUGUGGACAGCUCUACAGAAAAUCUGACUCUGAACCCACUCUACCCUUCGAAGGAGCCCUCAAUGGACCUCUCAGCGGGGAAAGGCGAACAGAAGAGGCCACGGAGCACAGCCUCCUUACUUGGGAGUGAAUUCGUAAGCCCAAACUACGAGCUGAGCACCUACCACCCCGAGCCGUUUUCCGUGCUGAGUGACAGCGACCCUGAGGAGAAGUCCAGCACCCUCUCUCAGUACUUGAAGAGUUCAAGUUCACGCAGCCAGGCAUUCCUGCCAGGAUCACGCGGCCCUCGGCGAAGGAAGUCCAAACAAUAUUUUGUGGAAAAGAACAAGCUGACUUUGGGAUUACCCACUCCAAGAAUGGACUCUUACCUUCAACUUCACAAUAAAAAAAGGGGGGAAGGUCACCUGGAACAGAUCUCCUACCCCGUCAGAGUAACUGACAAGACGUCUAUUCAGAAUGCCAGAGAAACUGGAAAUGUCGCUAUUGACCCUGAAGACAAAUGGCAUCAAAGAGCCCAACAGCUAAAGGAUUACCAGGAACAGUGGUCUCAAUACGAAAAUGCAAAGUCAAGCAAUGGACCCAGAGAUCAAUCUUCGGAAACAACCAAUGGCCAGCAACCUUCCAGAAGACCAGCCAAGCACAAGAUUCGAAAACAGCGCAAACACCGGCAGGGCGCGAAGUCUUCAGUGACUGAAGAGCUGGCUGUCAGUCAAGGAAACCAGAAUAACACUCCCAGACAUCAGCAAAACCCAAAUAAGCCUACUGAUACUGAAGUAACACAGGAAACAGGUGUGAUUAUGAAUGCCACAAACGAUGAUUUACAAUACUCAAGUGUACUGAGAAGCCAGGAUCCCAAAGUAACCUCCAAUCAAUCUGCCCCACCACACCCGGUUUCAGACAAAGUAUUAUAUAAAAAUGCUGCCGGAUAUUACCCGGUGAUGAACACUAAUAGAGAAAGAGGACACAACGACCAAGAAGAGAAAAGGUUUUCCUACCAGCAGCUACACAUCGACAAUCUAUCCAAUAUGCACUUGAAGUACCUUCAUGAACUUACCAAGAAACACGCAUCCCGUAGCCAGAAAGGCUCUCAGUCUAAAAUAAACAUUCAAGCAUCAACCGAGAAGAAGAAGCAACCCAAACUGGCUUACACAGAAACAAAGUAUAAGAACUUAGAAAUAUUAUGGAAAUUCCAUUCUUCCUCUGAGGAACAACCUGCUAAGGCUUCCCCAGAUUCCCGGCUCUCCCAGAUAAUGGAGCAGCAUCAGCAAGCCCUGCUGCAGCUGACAGAGGUGCAGCCCCACGAAGGGGCCUCACCCGGCCUCACCCUUCCACCCAUACUGUCAAGGGUGGAGAGUGAAUCCCACCUCAGUUCAGAGAGAAGCCAAAGAAACCAAGUGAAAAUCAGCCGCAGCAAUUCUGAAAGCUAUCUGUUUCAACUGGAAAAGGGGAAAAAGCAUAGGAAAAGAAGCAGCAUUAAGAGCUCCAAGCUGAAAGGUUAUCAGAACAGAGACGUGAAACUUGGAGGCCUCGGACCUGACCUUGAGUCCAUCAGAGACAAAAUGCAGAAAUUAAUACAGCAAAAGGAAUAUGCUAAACAAGUGAAGGAAUACAACAUGAAGGCACUAUCCAUCCCCUCAAAGCCACAAACAGCAAUAACUGAAAAUAAACCUGCUGUCCCUCGGCAGAAGGCUUUGGAAUAUGCUAAGACCAUCCCCAAACCCAAAUCUUCAAAUCUGAGUGAUCAAGCCUCAAAAGAAAAGAAAAAUCCAACCCAUGCUGGAAAAGAAGGCACCUUACCUGAAAUCUCACUGCUGGAAGUGCUGCAGAACAGACACGAAAGAGAAAAACAGGCCGUGGCUGCUUUUAAAGUCCUUCACAUUGUAUAG